AUGAAUCUGAUUGAAAUGCUGUGGGAUGACCUUAACAAGACUGCUUAUGCUCGAAAAUCCUGCGGUGACACAGUAAAGAAGCUGGACCAAUCAGAGGUGCGCAACGAGGACCUGUCUGACACGCCGGUCAUUGGUAUCUAUCUGACCAAUGACCGGCGUGUCAGACAGGGGAGGCGCAAAAGUGGCGAAUCGUGCUCUAUUCCCUGUGACAUCACUGUCAAGUUACUACGAGAUGAAAAACAUUCCAUCUGUGGCCAGUUGCAUCAGUCGUUGCUGACAUUUGGCCACAGCACCAGGAAGUUGAUGAGGGACGUGAUGGAACAGCAGCAGAGGGCCCUGAACGUCCUCAGCAGUCAGGUAAAUGAGGUCAUGAAUAAAUUGCAAGCACUCAGCAAUGAAGUACAGAGGAGCAACACGGAGAUGUACCCCGUCAAACCAUCACUGUUGCAUGGGCGAGACUGUAGUGACAUUAAGGACAGUCUAUUGUUCGUUGUUCCCAAGAUUCCCAGUGGGAUUUAUAUCAUCCACCCAGAAAACUCUGACUCAUCAUUUGAGGUCUUCUGUGAGAUGGACUACAUGGAUGGAGGAUGGACAGUGAUGCAGCGCAGGACAGAAGGCUUGAUAGACUUCAGAAGAACUUGGGCCGAUCAUGUUGACGGAUUUGAACACCUUGCAGGCGAACACUGGUUGGGCUUGGGAAAAGUACUCAACAUCGUGAAGCAGAAGGAGACCCGCUUCCAGCUGCACGUGGCUUUGGUGUCACAUGACGACGUCGCGUCAUAUGCAUCCUAUGAUGAUUUCAGACUGGAUAAUGAAACUCACUUCUUCAGCAUACACCUGGGCCGAUACGCAGGUAGUGCAGGAGACUGCUUCCGCAGCUACGACCAGGACCAGAACCAGGACACGGCCCCGUUCAGCGCCUCAGACGUGGGCAACGAUGGCUGCAAUCCCUCCUGUGAACUGGGUGACGUCAAUGUGGAGAGCUGCAGUGCGCACAACCACACGGGGUGGUGGUUCAACCAGUGCGGCAUGGCCAACCUCAAAGGAUCUCCGGAAGGCGAUGGUGAGCAAAACCAGGGGCCUCGGACAUGAAUCCUGUGGGACACCUGGAGGCACCAGGGAGUGGCCCGCAACAUUAAGUCAGUCAGCAUGAAGAUCAGGAGGAUGCCAACCAAUAACUGA